UGGAAAUGUUCUUUUUUAGUCCAUGGUAACUUUUUUCUGCACAUAAAUAUAUUUCUCUUUUCAGCUUAAUUAAACAUCUCAUCUCCCUCUUCAUCACAUAAUCCAUUGAGAAAGAGUGAGAUUUUUAUACAUGGAUUCACUCUCUACAAUCAAAAUAAAUGACAAAUCAUUUCCCAGUACUGCUGCAGAAUCCGCCGUUGAAGAUGUUGAAAUCAGCAUUUUUGAUGCUGAGAAGUAUUUCAACGAAGAAUUGAACGACCUCAAAAGAGCAGUAGAGAAGAAGAAGAAGCCUGAAUCUCAUGAUCCACUUUCUUCUCCGGCGGAAUUCGGGGCAGAGAAAUCCGUACGCGCCGCCACGUCAUCGGAAGCCAGCUGGAACAGCCAGACCGCGCUCCUCACUACGACCUCCGCGGCGCGUCACCGCGCGAGCAAAGCGUGGUUCGCCGCUAAGAAGUGGUUUCUGAGGAGAAGAAGAUGCUGCUGCUGCUGCGAUGGCGAAUCGAUUCGAGUGAAGGAGGUGAUCGGCUCCGAUUCCGAUCACAUUAGGCCGAUUGUGGUGAUGGAUUCAGUCAAAACCAGCUGCAACAGAAACUCCAAAACCGUGCAUGCAGAUCACAGCUACGAGCGCGACGACGUCGUUGAGAUCCAUCGAAUUAGGGCUGCGGAGGCGGCGCCAGGUCAGCAGCGGAUACUGGCGAUGGGGAGGCCAUUCAUCAACGCCACCGUCGGUUUCACUUUCCCCAUCCUCAGUUCCGUCGCAGCCGCUAAAGACGACGACGUCGGAAGCGAUGCGAGCUCGGAUUUAUUCGAGAUUGAAGCUUUUUCUACUCAAACGGCGUCGUCUUGUCCGAUCCAAUCCUUGAAUGAUUCGGUUGAUGGAAAUUCAAACGGCGAUAGGAAAUCAGCGCCGGUGAACGGACUCCACCGCAGCCGGCUGAGCGUUUCGGCUAGCGAGUGUCGUCCCUCCGGUGGGGAAUCGGAGGAGAGUGUGGUCGCGUUAAGGCCGUUGCCGGAGGAGGCGGAGGGCGGUGAAGGAAGGAGGAAGAGUGACGGUGGGGUGACGUCGAUCAGCUGCCGGCCUGAGGCGGAGGGACCACCGUUGAUUCCGUUGGGUGCGUGUCCGAGGCCGGGGCCGGGGAGCUCUCGAUCGCCGCCGUUGGUGGCGGCGGGUGGAUGAUGAUGCGGUGGCAUGAGUGGAAGAGGAGUAUUUGAAUGAUUUGUAAUUUAAUUGGGAAUUUAGUGUGGUUAAAUAUAAUCAAUGAAAUUACAAUAAUUUAAAGGUGUUUUGAACAA